AUGUGGAAACCGGUACAGUCGUUAAUAAGUUGUCUACGAUCACGAAAUCAUCUACCUAACUUAUAUCCAUAUAUUCAAUCGCACAAGACACUUGGUUCUAUAAGACCAUCGGAAUACUCCAUUCGACUGGAAACUAUAAAGAAGAAUUACAUUCAGCCCGAUUUGAUUUCUUAUGCAAGGUUUGUUAAGAGGUUGUAUCCGUCAUCAGGGUCCACAAGCGUUGAUCAUGACGAGCUUUACGAUGCCUAUAGAGCACUACCUGAGCCCAGACCAUAUCAUUUGAGACCUCAAGAUGUUAAUACUUUUAUAGACGUAUUUUUGGAACGAAGAGACUUUGUUAAGCCCAACCAAUUGGAUGGUUAUCUUUUGAAAUCGCCAAAGAAAUUGGUCCGACUGUUUGAAGCCAUGAUGAGGGUUAGACACAAUUACAUUGCUCAAACAAAAGCCAUUCUAAGUGAAUUUCAACAAUAUGAUUUGGCCUUAACAGCGGCAGAGAAAACUAGGUUUCUCUACUAUUAUUUCUAUAAGGAUAAGAAACAAGUGGUUGACAGAAUCACUGAAGCAAAAGAGCAGUACAAGAAUGCAAAGUCUACUCUUGAUUAUAAUGAAUUCAAUAUAAAAGUCACGAAUGCAUUAUUGAAGGAUGAAAAGCAGAUUGACAUUGAGACCAUCAACAUGCUUUUGUUCCAUUCUAGUAGACACAAUCAAGAGGAUGUUAUUGAGUUAUUGGUAGGGUCAAUUGAGAAGAAUCAUAAGUCCAAUGAUAAAGAUAAAUAUGUGCCUAACAACGAGACUUUCAAGCGGCUUUUGGAUCAUUAUGGUCAACAAGCAGUUAACCCCGGCCAGUUUAGUCGAUGGAUAUCUACACUUGUUUCCAGUGGAGCAACGAUUGACAUUCAUGUUGUUAACUCCAUAAUAAAAGGUCUAUUAAAUAUUGGUGAACUUUCGUUAGCUGAAGAUCUUUUGACCCAAGUAUUUGUUCUUAGAGACAAUAAAACCAGUGGCAAUCAUGAAGACGUUCAGGUUGAUAAACAGCUUUCAUAUGACGAUGUUAAGAAGUAUAAGAUGCUUAUUUCACAGGUAAACGAUAACCAAUUUCAAAUAUACCCCAGUUGCUCAACGUUUAUGCCAUUUAUUGAAUACUAUUGCAAUACACCAGGUGUUCAUAAUUCCUUUAGUAAGGUGUGGUAUUUAAUGGAUCUUAUGCACAAUGAGUAUAACCUCCCUGUUCGCACCCGGAGUUUCAUUCAUAUAUUCGGUCGAUUUGGGAAGGUCCAUAACGAUUGGGAGCUUCAAGAGUUUAAUCUUUUAUUGACCAAAUUGCUUGACUUGCAUCAAGACACUAAUAAUAACAGGUUCCUUAAGCUUAGUGGCCAAUUAAACGUUCAAGUUGUGAAUGCAUUUUUGCAAGCGCUUUCAUCACUGGAAGAUGAAGUCACUAAGGAAUACACUGCAAGCAUUUUGGAGGAGCAAGAAGGGUAUUUCAAUUUGCUACGAGCCUCAAAGGAGUUUCACUCUCGAGGUAGAAGUUCUACUAAAGGAUAUAUUACUAAACAAGCGACAAUUGUCCACUCCAAUCUUUUGCGCAAUGUUCUCAUGAGAGCCAAAGCCAUAGCUCUGAGACAAGAAUAA